CAGUGAAGGAAGGGUGUCGCUGGCUCUUCUCCCUCUCCCUAUACUCCCUCCACCCUUCCCUCCCUCCCUUCCCCCUCGCGUGUAGCCUGUGAGGGAGAGAAGGAGCUAGAAUGCCUCCCUGACCAGCGGAGAGGGGAGAGAAAGUGGAGGAACCAGUGAAAAGGAGGAAAAAAAGGGAGAGGAAAAGUCCCGGGAGGAUGUCCACGGAAAACGUUAGCGAAGACACCGCGGAGCUACGCCCGGCUGGCCUGUCCCUGGGGCGCCGCGAGAUUGUUGUGCACAGUAAUUACUCAAGACUCAGCGAGCACUUGAGACAGGUUACGCCCACGGAGAUCCAGUGUUCGGUUUUCUGCGGUGGGAAGACGUGUAAAUAUGACAACCCCGACUACUGGCCCGCCGAGGACACCGCUAUUCAAGGCGUCUACUCCCACUGGGUGACGGACACCAUCCUGGCCAUGGCCCGCCCCAGCACGGCCGUCAUCCAGAGCCGGGACCUGGUGGGCCAGUUCCUGCGGCACGACAUCCGCACCGUCAUCAACCUGCAGCUGCCGGGGGAGCACGCCUCGUGUGGCGGGCCGCUCACCGAGGCGGGCUUCUCCUACGACCCAGCGGUCUUCAUGGAGAACGGCAUCUUCUACUACAACUUCGGCCUCCGGGACUACGGCGAGCCAACCCAGGGCUGCAUCCUCGACAUGGUGAAGGUGAUGGCGUUCGCCGCGAGUGAAGGGAAGGUGGCCGUUCACUGUCACGCAGGUCUCGGGCGGACAGGUGUGCUCAUUGCGUGUUACCUGGUCUACGCCUUAAGGGUCCGUGCCAACGAUGCCAUACGGUACGUGCGUUUGAAGCGUCCCGGAGCUGUCCAGACGACCAGCCAGAUCAUGGUCGUUCAGGAGUUCGAGCAGUUCAUCCUACCGCAGUUGUAUGUCUUCUCCAACAGAGAGUUCAUCAAGGACAAACGCAACCCCGAAUUCACGCUGCCCCAGUAUCUGCACCGCCAGCGUACCGUCCUACAUGGCUACGAGGCGAGAACGCUACGGAACAUUCCCAAGCUGGUCUACGUCGUGGGUGAGCGUCUGCUGAAGCUAUGCGGGUGUGAGGGAAGCAACGCGCCCCCUCACCUGCUGACCCCCCUCGAGAUAUCCUACGCGCUGGGGACUCCUUCCUUCACAUCCUUCUUCCUGUCGGCGCAGUAUGACCACGAGACGCGCGUAUCCUACUCCGCCCCACACUCCCUUAUGUCUCCCUCCCUCUCCGCCUCCAUCACCAGCCAGCGGUCAGGUCUGCUUUUCACGUGGCUGGAGCACCUCAAGACCCCGCUGUUGGGUGUGGACGCGCUCUCCUACAUUGUGCUGGCGUCGGGGAGGCCUGAAGUGUGUCUGAGGAAGCUGGACAAGGAGGUCCGCUACACCCUGGAGUACCUGGUUCGCUUCGUGGCCCGCUUCCAGUUGUUCAGCCGGCAGCAGCAGGAGGCGGUGCUGCGGAGGCUGGUGGCGUCCUUCACCCAGCAGGCCGUGCCCGUGCGAGGCGUGCUGCUGCCCUCAGGGAAAGGGUUCAACAAGCUUCGGGAAGGGACGCUCAGGAAGGUCAUGGAGUUCAUCACUGGACUCUUCGAUCUAGUCUAUCUGGAGUCGAGGUCGGGCAGUGCGGUAUCCGUCGCAUCGAACAACACGGCCUAUGAGAACAGAGUCACGCCCCCCGGUCAAGUGGUCACGCCGCCCCCUGAGGACGACGGGGGGACGCCUGUGGAUUCAUAAGGGUUUAGUGGUGGUGGUGGUUAUGGUUGUAUGGAAUAGAAGAGUUCGGCUAGGUUCAUAUAGGCGCCAUGUCGUUACCGAAAGACCGCGCGAAAUUCAAAUUGAGGCUGAUUUAAUAGGUGUUUUGUGGUGGUGGUGGUGGUGGUGGUAUAGAAUAAGAGAGUUCGGCUAGGUUCAUAUAGACGCCAUGUCGAUACCGAAAGACCGCGCGAAAUUCAAAUUGAGGCUGAUUUGAUAGACGUUUUGUUGUGAUCGUGGUGGUUAAGGUCAUAGAAUAAAAGAGUUUGGUCACCUUCAUCACAAGCGCCAUUUUGCUACCGAAAGACCGCGCGAAAUUCAAAUUGAAGCUAAUAUGAUUGAGGUUUUGUGGUGAUCCUGGUGCCGGUUAAGGUUAGACCCACAGAAUAAAAGAGUUUGGUCACCUCUGUCACAAGCGCCAUGUUGCUACCGAAAAACCGCGCGAAAUUCAAACUGAGGCUGAUAUGAUAGAUGUUUUGUGGUGGUUGUGGCUAAAGUCAGAGCCAUAGAAUAGAAGAGUUUGGUCACCUUCAUCACAAGCGCCAUGUUCAAACUACCACCAGGGCCAUGAAACUACUGGAAAUGCCCAAAACUCCUACGAAAGCCUUGUCAAAAGUGUGUUUCUAAGGUUCAUGGUAUAUAAGAAGGGUCACAAUAUCACCAGGGCCAUAAAACUCCUCCUGGAAAUGCCCGAAACGCCUACGAAAGCCUUGUCAAAUAUGUGUUUCCUAGGUUCAUGGUACAGAAGAAGAGUCAAACUACCACCAUGGCCAUAAAACUACUCCUGGAUAUGCCCAAAACUCCUACGAAAACCUUGUCAAAUAUGUGUUUCCUAGGUUC